ACUGCAUAUUUUAGUUGGCUAGUGACUCCAGCAAACAUAGGAACAACCCAGGCUAAGAAAUCCCGCUUCGCACCUCCCAAUCACUCACUAGCCAACAUUAUCAAUUUCUUCAUCUAAAUGCAAGCUGCUCUUGCAGCUAUGGCCGCCCACGCUAUCCUCUGUUUCACGGCCGUCAACCACCAUCCUUUCCUCUCCCAACUCUCCAAUCCCAUUUCCGCUUCUUCUUCGCCUUCUUCUUUAUCACUUCAUUCCUCAUUUCAUGGGGCAUCUCUCAAGCUUCCCCGCCAAUUUUCCGCCGCCGCACCUAAGCCUCUCACUGUCGUGGCAGCCACCAAGAAAGCGGUUGCUGUCCUCAAAGGCUCCUCGGAUGUGGAAGGCGUCGUCACUCUCACCCAAGAUGAUGAUGGCCGCACAACUGUGACUGUAAAAGUUAAUGGGCUUACUCCAGGGAAACAUGGGUUCCAUUUGCAUGAGUAUGGUGAUACCACGAACGGGUGUAUGUCAACAGGAGCGCAUUUUAAUCCGAAAGGGUUGACUCAUGGAGCUCCUAAAGAUGAUGUCCGUCAUGCGGGUGACCUGGGAAACAUAGUUGCCAAUGCCGAUGGUGUGGCUGAGGCAACCAUCGUGGACAAUCAGAUACCUCUGAGUGGUCCAAACUCGGUUGUUGGAAGGGCUUUGGUAGUUCAUGAGCUGGAGGAUGACCUUGGAAAGGGUGGUCAUGAACUCAGUCUAACUACAGGCAAUGCUGGUGGAAGAUUAGCUUGUGCGAGUUGGUUAAUAUGCCUCAAGGAGAUCCUUCCAGUCUGUAAAUAGCAUUCAUGAGGAAAAGGUCUAGUUCACACAGAGGUACAUGUACAGUUCCUGUACAAACAACUUUGUUAUUCCUCCGUACCUAGUGAUGCCACAACUUUUUCCUCCUGUAUGAUGUUUUCAAGACUAGGCAUGUACAUAUAGUAGAUAAAAUUCCACAGUGCAUGAUAACAUGCCUCUGGUGUAAUGAUGCUUUAGAAACUACUAAUAGUUCGAUUAGGAUGUGAUUGGUUCUUGAUCUCAACAAAGGGCUCUAGAAAAGGCUUCUCAUGAUGGGAUGCAAAAUAUUGGUAUACCUGGACGAUCUAAAUUCUUUCAUAUUUAUGUGCCUUAUCCAUGAUUUGUUGGUGGUUUCACUUUCACCUGCUAUGCUUGAUCCUGUUUUAUUUAAGAUAGCUGGCAUACUUUAUCAUCUGAUC